AUGGUGGGCGGAUGCAUUAUGGUGGGCUGGCUGCAGAUCUCGGAGCAACGGAGGCGGGAGAUGGAGAUGAGGUCGCUAUCGGGGGAGAUAUCUGACAUUUCGGGGAGGUUCUAUGCCGUUCCUUGGAGAACCUUUCUUUGUCCUUUUACUAUCAAACAGCUAUCUGCUAUUUCGAGCAUUGCAACCGCUGUGCAGUAUUGUUGGGUAUUUAUUUCCCUUCCAAGGAGGGUUCCAAGUGAGCUGCUUUGGCGUGACACACCACUUGCCCCUCAAACGAUCACGGAUGUACUAGCCAUGUUUAGUUAUAUCCACGUCUCAUCCCUAGUCUCCCGACCUACCACUAGCCCUACCAUAACAGCUAUGCCCUUGUCCGGAAAACUCUUUUUCCGACCCAACCAAAUCCAACCCGCCACCAAAACCAAAGAUACAACCUUUCCCGCCUCUGGGCGGAACCCAUUCCGGUGGGACAAUGUAGUUUUGACGCUAUUUGUGAGAUGGGUAUAG